GGUGAUGACCAUCGGCUCAGGGAAGGUGUUCGCCACAACGGGCUACGGCAUCGCGCUGCACAAGACGUCCCGCUGGAAGAGACCCCUGGACCUCGCCCUGCUGCAGCUAGUGGGGGACGACGAGAUCGACAUGUUGGAGCGACUCUGGCUGUCGGGGAUCUGCCACAAUGACAAGAUCGAGGUGAUGAGCAGUAAGCUGGACAUCGACAACAUGGCGGGGGUGUUCUACAUGCUGCUGGUGGCCAUGGGCCUCAGCAUGCUGGUGUUCGCCUGGGAGCACCUGGUCUACUGGAAGCUCCGGCACUGCAUGACCCGCUCCGGCGGAAUGGACUUCCUGCUGGCGCUGAGCCGGGGGAUGUACAGCUGCUGCCGCUUCGAGGACGAGACGUCCCCUCCCGGGCUCCAGGGCUCGCUGCCGCUGUACCACACCGUGGCCCCCGCCGGCCCCCAGCAGCACCUCGUCACCGCCACCGUCACCAACACCACCGCCAUCGCCAUGGUGACGCAGCAGCAGCAGCCGGCGCAGGGCCAGGCCUACACCCUGCUGCCGGGCUCCCCGCCCCCCCCCCACUCGGCUGUGGCCCUGGGGCCCUCCACCAGCCCCCUGUUGGAGGGCCCCAUGCCCUGCUCCUCCUUCCUGCCCCGCCACGACCGGCGCCUGGCCGUCGUGGACCGCUGGAACCGGCCCAAGGAGAAGAGCGGGGGGGGCCCCGGGGCCCCCGGGGGGGGCGUCGGGAUCGGGGGCCUCGCCGGGGGCAUCACAGAGCUGCAGGCUCCGCCCCCGCCGCUCCAACACAGCCUGGGCCCGCCCUGGACCCUGCCUGGAGGGGGAGGAGGGGGAGGGGGGGGGGACCCCGGGCUGGACGAGUACAAGCGGUACUACGGGCCGAUCGACCCCGAGGGCCUGGGGCCCGCCGCGGAGCCCCCGCCGGGGCCCGGCCAGCAGACCCCCCAGGCCAACCCGCGGGGGGGGCCCCAAGGGCCUGCCCCGACCGCCCCCUCCCAAGGGCCCCCCGCAACCCGCGCCGGGACAUGUGAUCUCCAACGCAGGGCCUCCUCCUCCUCCUCCUUCUGGAGGAGGGGCAGCCUGGGGCCCCCCCGCAGGAAGAGCUCCACGGGGCCGCUGUACGAGAACAUCCUGCCCCUGGGGAGGCGCGGGGGGGGGCGCUACCCCGCCAGGGAGGCCCUGGGGAGACGGGGCCAGAGACCCCCGCCUCCUCUCCCGCUGCCCGUCUCCCUCUCCUCCCCCACGCACACCCCCACCACGCCCUCCUCCCCGCGCCGCUUCUCCUCUUCCGGCUCCAGCGCCUCCUCCUCCUCUUCGUCCUCCUCUUCGUCCUCCUCCUCGUCCUCAUCCCCCUCCCCCUCCCGCUCCUCCCCGUCCUCCUGCUCCUCCUCCUACGACUCCUCCCUGAGCUUCCGGUACCGCGCCGGGGACCGCCAGGCCGACCCGGCCGAGGACUCGGACCUCCUCACGGAGGAGUCCGGCCUGCUGGCCACCGCCGCCGCCGCGCGCAGGAAGGCGCGCUCCCGCCGCACCUCGUCACGCUCGCUGCCCUGCAGCCCGCCGCCGCCGCCGCCGCUGCCGCCGCGCAAGCCCCGCCUCCCGAGGGAGGAGCUGAGGGGGCGGGCCGACGGCCAGCUGGCCCAGCUGCAGGAGUGGUGGGCCAGCUGGGGGGAGCGGGGGCGGGACAGGGGCCCGCCGCCGCCGCCGGCCCGCCAGGAGAAGGGCCGGCAGAAGGAGCGCGAGCAGGAGCGCCGGAGGAGGAAGAAGGGGAGGAAGAGCAAGAAGAGGGAGGAGCGGGAGAGGGAGAGGGAGCGGGAGCGCAAGCACCGCAAGGCCAAGAGGAGGAAGAAGAAGGAGGCCAGGAAGAGGGAGAGGAAGAGGUCGGAGCAGGAGGCGGGCGAGCCGGAGAAGAGGGAGGAGUCCUACCGCAAGAAGAGCGAGAGCUCGGUCCGGAGCUACGGCUGGGACCUCCCGGGGGAGGAGCCCAGGGGGGAGGAGCCCAGGGGGGAGGAGGGGGGAGACCAGGGGGACGGGAGGAGCAGGGAGCGGCCGUACCGCCGGAGGGACAGCAAGGCCUUCCCCGACGCCAGCGGCAAACCCACCUCCUCCGUCAAGUUCUGGGGCGCCGGGACCCCCGCGCUGGGGGCCGGCCCGGCGGCCUUCCUCCCCCCGCUGCCUCCCCCCUCCAAGCCCCGCAGGAGUAGAGGCUCGGACAGGGAGGGGGAGGAGAGGGAGAGGGAGCGCGACGAGGUGAUCGGGAUCUACUCGGACAACGAGGGCUCCUCGGGGGAGUUCGGGAAGUUCGAGAGGUACUGGGAGGGCCACGAGAGCCGGGCGGUGGGCGGCAUCGGGGGCGGGGGCUGGUUCUUCGGCACGUACCCCUCCAGGGACAAGUCCGGGAGCGUCACCUCCAGGGAGGACCCCUCCCCGCGCUGGGGGGGGCGGGGAGAGCGGCUGGGUCCCCGGGCGGCGCCCUGGGUCUCCUCCCGGAGCCAGGAGGAGCUGUUCCAGCACUGCCAGAGCUUCGGCGGCGCCCCCAGCGCCCAGCGCCUCUCCUCCUCUUCCUCCCGGCCCGAGCGCCCGCAGAACCCGUCCCGGUCCGACCUGGCGCCCCGCCGGGCGUCCCGGUCGGGCCGUGGCCGGCGGACCUCCUCGCCGCCGCCGCUGCUCCCCGACCCGCCGGCCCCUCUCCCCGCCCUGCCGGCGCCCCCUCCCUCCGCCGCCCACGCCCCCCCGCCGUCGUCCUCCUCGGUGUCCUCGCCCUCGGGGGUCUCCUUCACCCCCGGGGCCCCCCAGCCCGCCUCCGUGGCCUCAGCGAGUGCCAAACUGCAGUACCAGAGGCUGCGCGGCGGGCCCCCGCGGCGCCCCCCCUCGCCCCACCCCCCGCUGAAGGCCCGCAGCCUGUGCUCCCGGAGGGGCUCGGCCCAGUUCUCCAGCGUGGAGAGCGAGGUGUGA